UCAACAUUAGAGCUUGGCGCAGCUAAUUCAAGUCGACGUAAAAGCGCGCUGACUAGCUCCGCGCUUAUAGCGGUCGUAUCUCAGUUAAGGAACACACGAUUUACAAAGUUAUUGGCAAAGUAAGCCACGCAUGCACGGUAGUAAUGUUUUCGUGUUCAAGGGAGAUUUCCUUCUUGCGAUAGAACUAAGUGGUUGCCAGUAACUUAAUAAGGGUAAGCAGAGAUCGCAGAAGAUUACGGCCGUGUCGGCUACAAACUUAUUGAUUCGCUUUCUGACGGCUCUCUAUCUAUGUAUAUUUACAUCAUUUGCGAAUUCUUUAUCAGAACAGACGUCUGAGCUUCGACUUUAUGCUUAGAGGCGGUGCCAGCAAUACGAAGUCGGACUACUCGAGCUAAGAACACGAAACAGUUGGCGAGCAUCGAGAAAUAACGUUUAUCUGUUUCGUUGCGGUCACUGAUAGUGAUUAUCUAAUUAUUUAUUUAUUAAGACGGUAACAGAGAGAGUAUUAACGUCGACGGCGUCGAGUUUAUGGCAGCAGGCGAUCAAAACUAUUGCCACCACAAACAGCUAUAGUUGAAUGGACGAUAGCGCGUACCAGUCGAUACAUGCCGCAAUCCGACCGAUCUGAGCCAAUGCGAGUAUCGAACAGUGGCCGUUGCAUCAACAAAUUGAGUGUAGGUGUCCACGUAUGCGUGCGGGGGUAAAGUUUCAACCUGGAAUCAUUGUAUUGUUUUCACGUGUUGUCAGACCCUCUCUAUGUGUACACAACAAACGUACCGGCUGGCAGACACGGUGGCGGAAGGCAGUAGCAACGACACAGGAGCAAAUCAUUUCCACCGUUCGCAUUAGUGAUCCCAAGGCAGUUAGCGGUGUAAGGCAACGGCGUCGGCGCUUCAGAGCAUCGCGCAACCGUUGAUAGAUCCCGACAUAACAGUGCACGUGUUUUGAACCGAGGCUUAUCUUGGUGCAUCUAGUUCGAGUUUGUCAUGAUUAGAAAGCGGAAUGUUGUUAUACGCUAUUUAAUUGUACUGUGCGAUCUCUUUAUUGAGCAUUCAUCUUACGGUGCAAGAGCAAACCUCAAAGAGAGCAGUAGGACUACAAACUCUGUUGACAUGUGUCUAUGUAGUGCGGUAAAUCGUAUGGCCUGCACGUUACUGGAUUAGGGGAUUAAGGCAGAGGAAGAUUUUUCAAACGACGGUCGCACAACCUUUGCGGAAAGUGUAAUGCUUCAUAAACGACAAUGAAAAUGUGCGUAAACAUUUAAAACUUGCCGUUGUAUAUACAGCAUUUGGGAUACGUCGCCACCAAUUCGAUAAGCCAAGCAACUAUUACGUAAUCAAAACAUAUGUCAAUAACAAUACCGGCACUGGAUAAUCAAUCCGCUCAAGUUUCAAGUCUAAGCAACUUUUCCAACUGCUACUAUUUUUGGCCGAAGUGUACAAAACGAAGAACAUUAGCUUUGUUCUAGCUGUGCUCCGAAUUAUUGAGCGUGAUUGGUACAUUUACCCGGAACGUUUUCUAACUUGAGUGACUUAACGUGCUAGUUAAUCUAGUUGGUGUUGCGAAGUCCUUCUGUCGAAGUCUAUCAACUUCAUCAUGGGUAAUAUCGCUUCGGAGAUUCAGGAAACGAUUUACGACGAGCCUGUUGUUGAGCUAAUCUUCCCCCAAAUGCUAGCCAAGUCAACCAUUCUUACCGAAAAUCAGAUCAGCUGUCUAUACCGCAGUAUGCCGCCCCGACUGCAGAGCCAACCAUGGCGGCUAACAUUCUCUACAGAACACCAGGGCUAUAGUCUGAUGACAAUGUACCGUCAAAUGGAAAACGUUGAGGGCCCUGUUCUUGUCGUGGUGAAAGAAUUCCAGGGAACAAUCUUUGGCGUUCUAACUUCAGAUCCACUCCUUAUACAGUCCCGCUGGUAUGGCCGUUGCGAAAGUUUCCUGUACACGUUCAAGCCCGACUUUCACGUUUACGGGCCAUCAUUUCUCAACGAAAACUGCAUCUUCGCGUCACCAACGUGCCUCAUGUUUGGCGGGGGCAAAGAUGGCCUAAGUGGUUUAUAUUUGGGAGAAGAUUUCUGUGACGGAUCGUCGUUUAUGUGCGACACGUACCAAAAUAAGCAACUAUCUAAAGAUGAAAACUUCCUUAUUCGGGCUGUGGAAAUAUGGACAUUCUUCGAUAAGUUUUAGACUAGUUGUAAUAACAAUGUUAUAGCAAUCGGCCAAACCAAUGAGUCCUUUUUUUUGUAUACAGACGCACAGUGUGUGUUGCUCCCUGCGUGGGGCCCAUGUGUAUAAAGACACACAACAUAUUAUGGUAUUCGUAUAACAGUAAUAACGAUAUUAUGAUUUUGCCAAACAGGCGAUUCAUGAAGUAAACAUCGAGAACUAACACUUACAUCAAUGCAAGUAAAUUGCAAUAGAAACGAUAUCACACGGAUCAAUACCUGACAUGAUCCCAGCUGAUGUAGCUACCUAUACUAAAGAGACAGCCGUUUUUAUCAUCACUUGUUGUCUCGGGGCUCGACCCUUAUACAUUGUAAUAUUGGGUAACGGCUCAAUUCCUCUUUUAUCAGCGCGUAAUCGAACAAUGAAACGCGGAACGCGGCUUAACCCUGUUUGUGUUAUGACGAUUCAACUGCAAACUUAUCCGGUUCAAAUAUACGAAUCUGAUGACAAUAAAAUAAAAAAAUGUAAUUGACUAAUUAAAAACCGUUUUUCUAUAUAUUAUGGCACAUCUUCGGCUGAUUUACUCCCCACUGAAUUUACACAUUGUUAGCUAGUGUAAGUCCGAGAGUAGCACGCUAAAAAAAAAGUGUAUCUAACGCACCAAUUUUUUCGGUUUCCUCUAGAACCAAAAACCAGUGCAGAAGACGACAUAAAUUACGUUUUUCUAUGCUAAUGUGUGUUUACAUAAAUAGCCAUUAGCACAAUAGACAUAACACACAUUAGACUGUGAUUAAAGAUGGCCAAUAUUCUGGAUCGAGGACUGUGGCUUAAGUGACCAGAGGAUCGUGCCGCAUGACACAAUGAAAAUCUAUGAUGUAAAUAAAGUGUACAGUAAUAAAAGUCAAGACAUAGUGUACAUAAUACUAGAGUAAAGGGUGUAUAAUGUCACGGUAAAUUCAGACAAAGCUAAGAGACAGACCGGUGGUCGACCAAAGGCUAUUCGAAGCAAAUGUAGAAUUAUAAAUUAAAGAUACAACCUAAAUGGCUCGUAUGGUUGACCCGUGUUUACUUCACUGCCUAGCUAUAAAAUGCCUCGUUAAUUAAUCAGAUAUUGAAAUGAUCAACUAUUGCAAUACUUAUUAACAUUUGUUCGUGUUUGCUUUGAGUUGUGUUUUUCAAUGCACUAAUUGCUUUUAUAUGCAUGUAAGUGACGCGUACAUAAAUGGUAAUUACAUCCUACGAAGAUCUAGGUAAAACAGCUCGAUUGGCAGAUGUGUUUUGGAUAGUCUAUUUUUCGCCAAUUUGCCAUAUUAUCACUAUUAUAUCUGAAGCAAAUCAAACAAGAAAACUGCCUCUUACCAUCAUCGUUUAGAGAUAGUUGUGGAGUGUUUCUGACGAAGCCGGUAAUCGCUGAAAGCUAGCUAAUUGUAUAGAGGCGAUUAAGUUACGGCUAGAAAAGUAGCGAUAGAGACUCGAACUAUGCCAAUUUACUAUGUAAUACCGAUACUUGAAAUAAAUUAAAAUGAACAUCUUGCAAAAAUAGGAGGAUGCACAGCUUAUCGUAGGUCGUAAUAAUAGAUUAUAAAUAAAAAAAAAAAAAAAAAAAAGAUAUAAAUAAAGCUUCACAAGUCAUUGGUAAGGCUU